AUGUUUGGUAUCCAGUCUCCUCAGACACAAGACAGUAUCUGGAAGGCCAGGGACGUGGCAGUGAAAGAAUUUACCAAAGGAAUGAAAGACGAAAAACAUGUGUUGGAACACACGACAAGAAGGCAGCAGGUGCCUUCCCAGCCAGGGCCUGCACCGCUGAAAGGGAGGAAGCUGUUAUCUGUCAGCCUCCCAGAGCUACAGCACAAGAUGAACUCACAUUGGCCAGAGGCCACAAGUAUGUCAGGGCGCACAGGCCCGAAUCAUAUGGUUUUCUUGCUUGCCUGUGUUCUAGAGACUAUGCUCUGGGAAGCAGUUCCCAGUGGAGUCAUGGACCCCAUCAGUCCAGCUGUUGAACCUAUGAUCUCUGGACAUUUCUGGAACCCACCAGGUGAUGGUCCCAGCUUUCUCCUGACCUUGGCACUGACCAAAGCACUGGUACUCGCUGUCCAGGAACCAUCUCCCAGGGAAUCUUUGCAGACCCUUCCCUCAGGCAGCCCCCCAGGCACCAUGGUGACAGUACCUCGCAGCUCUACCAGACUCUCCUCCGUGGUGACACUGAACCCCAAACCUGAUGGACACACCUCGCGGGCUGCAGCUACUGUGGAAACAACCGCAUCUCAUCCAGAAAGGCAGCCUCCUACAGACACCACAUCCACUGUUGUGACAGCUGCCAUCCCCCAUCCUGAAAGCCCUCUGCCCACAGGUUCCCCUCCAGCUGCCAUGGCAACCACAUCCUCCCACUCAGAAGGCCGCCCCCCAGGGGAUGCUGCCCCCACCAUCCUGCCAACAAAGCCAGCAGGAACCACCAACCGCCCCACAGUGUCCCCACGGGCCACCACUCGUAGGGCCCCCAGGCCCCCAGGCUCUUCCAGGAAGGGGGCUGGUGGUUCAUCUCGUCCUAUCCUACCUGUACCCAGUGGCCACUCAGCAAGGAAGGAAGGCCAGAGGGGACGAAAUCAGAGCUCAACAAACCUGGGGCAGAAGCGUCCCCUGGGGAAAAUUUUCCAAAUCUACAAGGGUAACUUUUCGGGGUCUGUGGAGCCAGACCCCUCUGCUCUUACCACCAGGACCCCAAUCUGGGGCUACUCCUCUUCACCGCAGCCCCAAACCGUAUCUCCAGCCACAGCACCCAGAAGCACCUUGUGGGUUCCUCCCACAACCCUGGUACCUGUGAAGGACAAGCCAGGCCUCAUCAGAGCCAACCAGGGGAGUGGCCCCACAUCUACCAGCCCAGCAGGGGAACUAGAUGCUGCCACAGCAGCCUCAGGUGUCCCUGCCAGUACACAGCCUGCCCCAGUGCCUUCUCAGCGCCCUCAUGGUGACGUGCACGACAGCCCUAGCCACAGUGACUCUUGGCUUGCUGUCACCCCGGACACUGACAGACCCCUGUCUGCCAGCUCUGGGGUCUUCACGGCUACCACGGGGCCCACCCAGGCUGCCUUUGAUGCCAGUGUCUCAGUCCCUUCCCAGGGCAUCCCUCAGGGAGCAUCAGCAACCCCUCAGGCCCCAACAUGGCCCUCUGGGGUCUCAGAAAGCACUGUUUCUCCAGUUGAGGAGAAGGCUGAGGCCUCCCCCACAACAACCGACAGGGGACCAAGACCCCUUUCCACAGUGCUGUCCACAGCCACAGGCAACUUCCUCAACCGCCUGGUCCCUGCUGGGACCUGGAAGCCAGGAACAGUGGGCAACAUCUCCCACGUGGCUGAGGGAGACAAGCCCCAGCACAGAGCCACCAUCUGCUUGAGCAAGGUGGAUAUUGCCUGGAUCAUCCUGGCCAUCAGCGUGCCCAUCUCUUCCUGCUCCGUCCUGUUGACAGUGUGCUGCAUGAGGAGGAAGAAGAAGACGGCCAACCCUGAGAAUAACCUGAGCUACUGGAACAAUGCCAUCACCAUGGACUACUUCAACAGGCAUGCAGUGGAGCUCCCAAGGGAGAUCCAGUCCCUGGAGACCUCAGAGGACCAGCUCUCUGAGCCCCGCUCCCCAGCCAAUGGAGACUAUCGAGACACUGGGAUGGUCCUUGUGAACCCCUUCUGCCAGGAAACACUGUUCGUGGGAACCGAUCAAGUUUCCGAGAUCUAG